CCUGGAGCAAUCUCACAGGGUGGUUCCACUUUCCAUUCAGGUUCAAAUACUUUGCUGCCUCCUCUACAGCUGCCAGACUUGCUCCUGCUGCUGCUCAGGGAGAGCAUCUGGAGUGUACCUUACUGACCACCGAGAAGAUGAUGAGUUCAAGCUAUUGGAAUGAGAUGAGCAGCAGCAGCAGCUGUGGGACUCAGCAGCUCCCAGAGGUGCUGCCGUGCCAGCCUCAGCAUUACCACUGCUACCAUCAGUCGAGUCAAGCCCAGCAGCCUCCAGAAAAAAAUGUAGUGUAUGAACGAGUGAGGACCUACAGUGGACCCAUGAAUAAGGUGGUUCAGGCCUUGGAUCCCAUCGGCUCACGAGAAGUGCUCUCCCCUCUCAAAACAUCCUCCUCCUACCAAAAUUUGGUUUGGAGCGACCGUUCCCAGGAACUCCAUUCUCCAACUCUGAAAAUAUCUACUUGUGCCCCAAGCACUCUACACAUAACCCCAAGUACUGAACAGGAACUCCAUUCUCCAGCAGUAAAAGUCACUACAUAUCCACAGACCACUAUUAGGAGAUAUAUAGUACAAAAUCCUGAACAGGAACCACUGUCUCCGUUCCUAAGAGGAGGCCAUUUCUUCCCAGGAAACAAUGUUAUUUAUGAAAAAACAAUAAGAAAAGUGGAGAAGCUAAAUACGGAUCAGGAAUUUUAUCCUCAGGUUCAGUGCCAUCAUCACAUUGUCCAACAGCCCCAGAUCAUCCAUUCUCCGCACUGUCAGCAAUCCCUUUCUAGCCAGCAAAUCCAAACCAUCACAGGAGGUGAUUCAAUAUCUACAAGCAUUGGAAAUGAGCUGUGCCAUGGUGAAUCAAGCCAUAUACAUGAACAGGUGAUAAUUCAGGAUGAUGGCCCUGAGAAAUUGGACCCCAAGUAUUUUGGAGAGUUACUUGCAGAUCUAAGCCGCAAAAAUACAGAUCUGUAUCACUGCCUAUUAGAACAUUUGCAGAGAAUUGGAGGAAGCAAACAGGACUUUGAGACCACAGAUGAGUCGGAAGACAUUGAGUCCUUGAUUCCUAAAGGAUUGUCAGAGUUUACAAAACAACAAAUUCGCUAUAUUUUGCAGAUGAGAGGUAUGUCUGAUAAAUCACUCCGGCUGGUGCUGUCCACAUUCAGCAACAUACGGGAGGAGCUUGGACAUCUUCAAAAUGAUUUGACAUCCCUGGAAAAUGACAAGUUAAGACUUGAAAAAGACUUGGUUUUCAAAGAAACUCAAAUAAAAGAAUAUGAAGAGCUCUUGGCAUCAGUGAGAGCAAAUAAUCGUCAGCAGCAGCAAGGACUUCAAGACUCAACUUCAAAAUGUCAAACAUUGGAAGAAAGCAAUCUCUCUCUUCGACAUACACUAUCAGACAUGGAAUAUAGAUUAAAAGAACUGGAAUACUGUAAACAUAAUUUAGAGCAAGAGAAUAAAAACCUUAGAAUUCAGGUUUCUGAGACUUGCACAGGCCCAAUGCUACAAGCUAAAAUGGAUGAGAUUGGCAAUCAGUACAUGGAGAUGGUAAAAAACUUAAGAGUGGAGAAAGACAGAGAGAUCUGUAAGCUAAGGACUCAACUAAAUCAGUACCAAAAAGAUGUUUCAAGAAGAGAAGGAAGUUGCAGUGAUUUCCAGUUCAAGAUUCAUGAACUGACAAGCUUGCUGGAAGAGAAGGAUUCCCUUAUAAAGCGUCAGUCAGAGGAACUUUCGAAGUUGAGACAAGAAAUAUAUUCAUCUCAUAACCAACCCUCCUGUGGUGGAAGGACUACAAUUACUACUAAAAAGUACAGGACACAAUAUCCAAUCCUAGGCCUCCUGUAUGAUGACUAUGAAUAUAUACCACCAGGUAGUGACACACAGACAAUUGUGAUUGAGAAAACGGAAGACAAAUGGACCUGUCCAUGAAUGACUCUUCAGCUCAAAGAAGUAUUUUGGGAGGUCUGCAUUAGUACUUUAAUUGUUAUUUUUCCAUAACAAAAGGCCAAUCAAAUUUUUGAACAAUGGUACUACCCAGUGAAUCUAAUGGAAUGAAUUCGUUCUGCAGAUGAGUUUCUUCAGCCAUUUAUGAGGCCUGAAUCCUUUCCAUCACAUUCUUGUAUUCAGUACAGCAACACACCACUUAUUUAAACUUCCAUUGCAGUCAAUGUAGGAUAUAAUUCACUAUUUUUUCAAUAGAAUGCUUCCUAGAUACUGAAUUAAUUUGCUGGGGUAGAGAUUUUACAACUUAUUGCAUUAGAAGGUUUUUCUCUGAUAUUAGAUAUGCAAUUCAGCUACAAGGAUAGGUACUUCUUAUUACCGAAAAACAGGCAAAGACUAUUGAAUUAAAAAAAACAACAACAACAAGUUUAGUGUAUAGUAUACACAGCAUAUAUUUUUCUCACAUUGAAUCUUGUGACUAAAAGAGCUGCUUCCUUACAUGCUAUUUAUAACUCUUAGAGGCAUAACUAAAUCAAGGGUGAUGGUUAACUUCAUUAAGUAGAGAAGUGGGAUAAUAUCUUUUUAAGUAAAUAAAUCCACUUUUUGCACAUGGUGCUAUUAUGGUUCUAAGAACAUAUCACUGGCUUGGCAAAUCUGUUCUUUCAAAGCAUAUCAUCCCCAAAUGAGUCCACCCACUUCCUUAAAAACAUAUAACAAUAUAUUGUAGUAAUGUGUAGAAAGAAGGUAGACAUUUUUAUAGGGGAAUACAUAAUGUAACAUUAAAAUAUUGAAUAAAGGCUUAAAUAAAAAUAGCAAUAAGAAAUUAUUGAUAUCUGUAUCCUACUUGGGAAAAAGAGAUUUUAUAGUAGAGUAUUUACUGUAUUUAGA